AGUAGGGUUUAUCAACUCCGCUGAACUGCCAAGUCCCAUGCUCUUCCACUUCUAAAUGGGUGGCGCCAGCAACAGGUUCUUCACCCUCCUCUCCACCACCACCUCCACCACUCACCCUUUCCCCCUCCACCGUUUCCCAUCUCUCCUCCUACGCCUCUCUCACCGCUCCAAACCCCCACUCUUCCCUUCUUCCUCCCUCUCUUUCCUUUCUCACUCUCAUUCCCUCUCUUCUCACUCCUCCUCUUCCUCUUUCCCUCUCCCUCUCAAUUCCUCUCGCCAUUUCUAUUCCCACUCCCACUCCUCCGUUUCCGCUGCCUACCCUUCUUCUGCCGAGUCCUCCCCUUUCCCGGCCCUGCACCCCUGGCCCGAGUGGUCCCACCUCUUCAACUCAGUCUCUGCCUCCGGUUAUGAUGGAACCAACGGCCAGGCUGAGUUCACCGAGGCGGCCCGGGAUUUACCAGAGGACUUUAUGCGGGCUGCGAGUGUUUUCUUGGCGUUUGCGAGGGCACGAGCUGGCCUUUUGAGGUUGCUUUCGAGGCGAGAUUUGGAGGUUGUUGUGGAGAAUGGGACUCCGUUUCUGUUCCGGAAUGGCGAUGAUUCUGCAAGAAGAAUGAGAUUAUUUCUCAGCCAAGGCGAUACCCAUGCCUUGGACAUUGAUAAAGCACAAACGGUUGAUUUGAUGAGAUUUCUAUUGAGUUAUGCUAGCAAUCCCCUUUUUUCUUCAGAGAAAAACAAUAUCUACAAUAGCGAAAUUUUGGAAUCAUCUGUCCGUACUCUGCUGGGUGAAAUGUCCAAGCUCUGUUAUGGUGCUCCGGAGUCUAACUGUAUUGGGCCAGUGCAGGGUCAUUCCCUUGAUAACUAUGGAGAACCUAUUAGGCCUUUUGGAAAGACUAUUGAAAUGAAACGGGGUGACUGGAUUUGCCAGAGGUGUAAUUUCAUGAACUUUGCAAGGAACAUGAAAUGCCUUGAGUGCGAGGAAGGACGGCCAAAGAGACAGCUGACUGGCGGGGAGUGGGAGUGUCCUCAAUGUGAUUUUUUUAAUUAUGGGAGAAACAUGGUAUGUUUGAGGUGUGAUUGCAAGCGCCCUGGAGAGGUCUCCCUUCGUUCCAGCAAAACUAGUUUAAGUAUAGGAUAUGACAAUGUGGGUGAUAAAAAUAAAGCUGAUAUCGAUAGCAGGCUGGCUGCCAAUGAAGAGAAGGCACAGCGGUGGUUUAGUAAGAUUUCUCAGCUAGACAGUAGUUCAGACAUGAACAGUGUUGUAUCUGAUGAAGAUUUUCCUGAAAUAAUGCCAUUGAGAAAAGGUGUAAAUAGAUUUGUUGUGAGCACCAGGAAGACACCAUUAGAGAGGAGGCUGGCCAAUGCUCAAUACCAAAAAAACUUGGAUAAUGAUAGUAAUCAUGAAGGCAAGGAUCUCCAAACUGGGAGUGGAAAUAAGUCACUUGGUACUACAGCCAACCGGACUUUAAAUGAAAUUCUUGGCCGUGCAUCUAUUUCUGAAUCAAAUGGUACAAGUACCAAUCCUGGACAAAAUGUUGGAACUGAUUCUCCCUCUUCUAUCUCUAGCUCAGCUGGCUCAGAGUAUGGACACCCUAGAGGGGGCGAUUCCAGAUAUGCCCAAUUUGUGCCAUUACCUGCAGAUACAUUUUCUAAGCCUGAGAUCUCGAGUAUGGAAGAGAGUGGGAAUUUCCUGAGAAACAAAAAUGAAUCUGGUAAAUCAGAGGACAGUAUGCAGACGUCUGAGAAGCCUCCGAAACAGGCUGGCAGUAGGGAUGAAGAAAGUGACCAAGCUGAUAAAUCUGAGAGAUGGUUUAAGCGGGUUGCAGAGUUGCAUGAUGUUACUGAUCUGGCAAGUGCAAUAUCGGAUGAGGACUUUCCUGAAAUUAUGCCGAUGCGUAAAGGAGAGAAUCGAUUUGUUGUGAGUAAGAAGAAAGAUCGUUCUUUAACUUCUCCAGCAUACAAGAGGCGUACAUCUACUGAACAAGCUAGCAAUGCCAAUUAUGUUCCCUUCGUCCCUUUCCCACCUGACUACUUUGCAAAAAACAACAACAUGCAGAUAGAUGGGACAGAUUUGACUAACAAGACUGUUCAUGAAACAACUCCAACUAUGAUCCAAGAUAACCCUCCAGACAAGUUGGUUGAUCCUAGACCUGGGAAGCUGAAUUCUAGUNNUGUUCAGCAGAUGGAAAAUGAGAAAAGCAGCAUGGCAAGCUGGAAUCCAGGAUCUUCAGGAGAAAAUCUCGUAGACAAUAAGACUGGUUUAAUGACUGAUUCUGUUUAUGGGCCCCCAAUCGGUGGAAAUUCUGCCCUGCAUUUUGCUAGUUCUAGCACUAACAACAUGGACAGAUUGAACAGUGGAUCUUCUGGGAAAGCGAAUUCUAACCAGACAGCAAGUUUGACAGGGAAUUCGCCCCAAGAGUCCAAUAAACAGAACGUUAGACAGAGCUGGACUGGGAAAAGCUUGGAGGGAUCAGCAGUGAAGGAACUGGAUCCUUUAGAUAUGUCAGAGGAGGCAAAAGCAGAGAGAUGGUUCAAGCGUGUUGCCCAGAUUAAAGACAUCUCAGAGCUGAGUCAGAUUCCCGAUGAAGAUUUCCCAUCAAUAAUGCCAAUGCGUAAAGGGGUGAAUAGGUUUGUUGUUAGCAAGAGGAAAACGCCUUUAGAGAGGAGGCUGACAUCUCCACAGUACAGAAAAAAUCUUCCAAUUGUGAGCUCUGAUCCAGCGAAGAAAAAUGAUAGUGACUGAGGAAUCACAAGAAAUAUUCGACUUUGUUGUUUUGGAAGAUGAGAUAAUUAAUUUUCUUUUUUCACGAUAAGAUGUUAUUUUUCCCUCAUUGUAUUCAUCAUAACUUGCUCUUGAGAAACAUUGGCUGCAUUUCCAAUAGUGUACAGGAGAUAUGCAUUUCAGUUAUUGGCAAAUACUUCACGUUGUCCCAUGGGACCAACA